AUGAGGCAAUCUCCGAACAUCAUUAUAACAGGCACCCCCGGUGUAGGGAAGACUACCCAUUGCGAUAGCCUGGCGGAAAGGUUGGGGCUACGACAUGUUUCUGUGAAUCAAGUCGUCAAAGAUAGGGACUGCCAUGAUGGUUGGGAUGAUGACUAUCAGAGCUGGAUUGUCGACGAGGAUAAGCUACUGGACGCAAUCGAGGACGAGGCGAAGCAGGGCGGCUGUUUGAUAGACUGGCAUGCUUGCGACUUGUUCCCGAGGAGUUGGAUUGAUCUCGUCGUUGUGCUUCGGGUAGACUCUACCACUCUCUACGAUCGACUCAAGGCAAGAAAUUAUGCCGAGGCUAAGCUUCAGGAAAAUCUGGAUUCGGAGAUUAUGGAGGUACUCUUGCAGGAGGCGAGGGAUGCCUACGACGAGGAGAUUGUCAUCGAGCUCACCAGUAACACCUCUGAUGAGAUGGAGACGAACGUGGACCGAAUUGAGGCAUGGGUCAAGCAAUGGAUGGCGGAUAAUAAUUAA